GAAGUAGCGUUAGUACUCGGGUCACCCGGUUACUGUUGUUAUCGAAGCGGCACGUGUGGACGAGCUGAAGAAAAAUAGUUACAAAAUGUUACGGCGCGAGGUUCGACUCAGGAAAGAGUACCUAUACAGGAAGGCCCAGGAGGACAGACAGCGCUCCAUAGAGGAGAAGAAACAGAAAGUCAAAUCUGCUUUAGAUGAAAACCAUCUGAUACCUACAGAGAUUCGCAAACAGGCUUUACAUCUGCAGAAGCUCCUGGAGUUUGAUGACGAGGGUGGAGAUGGCGUCAGCUCGCAUAUGGACGACGAGUACAAGUGGGCCGGAGUGGAAGACCCAAAAGUCAUGGUGACGACAUCCAGAGACCCGAGCUCUAGACUCAAGAUGUUUGCCAAGGAAGUGAAGCUGAUAUUCCCAGGGGCCCAGCGCAUGAACAGAGGAAACCAUGAAGUUGACACGCUGGUGCAUGCGUGCAAGGCCAACAGCGUGACUGAUCUGGUGAUAGUGCACGAAACCAGAGGACAGCCAGACGGUCUGAUCGUGUGUCACCUGCCUUUCGGACCGACGGCGUAUUUCACUCUGUAUAAUGUAGUGAUGAGACACGACGUCCCAGACAUCGGCACCAUGUCCGAGGCCUUCCCCCAUCUUAUCUUUCAUAACUUCACCUCUCGCCUCGGCAGACGGGUGUCCAGCAUCCUGAAGUACCUGUUUCCGGUUCCCAAAGACGACAGCAGGCGUGUUAUUACAUUUGCAAAUCAAGAUGAUUUCAUCUCCUUCAGGCAUCACGUUUACAAGAAAACCGACCACAAGAACAUCGAGCUGACUGAAGUUGGACCCCGAUUUGAAAUGAAACUGUACAUGAUCAAGCUGGGCACUCUGGAGAACGAGAGCACGGCGGAGGUGGAGUGGCGUCAUCACGCCUACACGCGCACCGCCAAAAAGAGAAAGGCGUUAAGCGUGGAGUAAACAUGCGACGCUCCGGAUGGUGAAAACAAACACUGUGUGGGUUCAUUGCUCUGCUUUUCACCAAAUUAUCUCAGAGAUCUGUGUGUGGAGGGGAGAGCGUGUAAGGUUUAUUUUUUUUUACCACAGAAAAAUGACACCUUUUUAUUGCUUUCUGAGAACUGUAAUGUACAUAUAUACGUAUACGUAUGUACAGAUUUCAAAGAUUACGAAUUUUCCAUGCCAGGAUGUGUAUGGAGUGUAAGAUACUUAGUACUUUAGUAUUUAUUCAUGAUUUUGAGGUUUCUCUGAAUAUUUCAUGGCAGACACAGAGGUGAAAAAGGUGAGGCACAAACGAGGGUUUUGUCCCCGUCAUGCUGAGCUGUUGAGUCCCUUAAAUAAUGAAUAAAACACUUCCUGUUGUUUUUAAAUAGGAGGGUUGAUUAUUUUCCAAUAGCAGCCCAUCUCAAAAGGAGUUAUUCCUGUUAUACCAAAGCAGGGCUUUAUUUUUGUAGCUUAUAUGUAUAAUGUGGAGCGUCCACAAAACAAGUCAUUCCCUCACCAGACCCAAUCUCUCUCUCUCUCUCUCUCUCUCUGUCUGUGUCUCUCUGUCUCUCUCUCUCUCUGUCUGUCUGUGUCUCUGUCUCUCUCUCUCUCUCUGUCUGUCUGUGUCUCUCUGUCUCUCUGUCUGUGUCUGUCUCUCUCUCUCUCUCUCUCUCUGUCUGUCUGUGUGUCUCUCUCUCUUUGACUAAAAACACAGCUUGUAAUUUUACACAGAAACCAGAAAACCUUCCAUCUCGAAGACUCUUCCCAUUCUUCUGACUGUUACAAAGCUGGAGACUCCUUACAUACAUUUUUAAACGUCAUCUUACCGAACAUCUUGUCUUCUGACCAGUCAGAAUUCAACAUCAUUGUUGUAUAAUGAUCAUAAUUAAUUAAUUAAUAGUAAAUUGUUUGAUAAAUCUGUUCAUUUGGAUUUGAUUAUUUCCUAUUGGUCACUUUGUACAUGUGUGCUACAAUUAAAAAAAAAAACAUGCA